AUGGAGCAACAAGAGGAGUUGGUGGAUUUCCUUCAUAUGCGCACUGUUGACAAUCACUGCAAAUAUUUGGGAAUUCCCACGAUAGCGAGGAGAUCGAAGAAAGACAUUUUUAGAGCUAUAUUAGACAGGGUAUGGAAGAAGUUCCAAGGUUGGAAAGAAAAAUUGCUUUCGAGAGCCGGGAAAGAGGUACUUUUAAAAGCGGUGAUUCAAGCCAUCCCGACUUACUUGAUGGGAAUGUACAAAUUUCCAAGCUCGAUGAUACGGAGUAUUCAAUUGGCCAUGGAAAAAUUCUUUUGGGGUCACACUGGCUCCCAAAGGAAAAUUCAUUGGAAAUCGUGGGAAGCUAUGAGUACGCCCAAGUGUCUUGAGGGUAUGGGGUUUAAAGAUUUGGAGGUUUUCAAUGUUGCUUUGUUGGGCAAACAAGCUUGGAUAUUGCUAUUUGUGGAGGAGUAUUUGGAGUGCAAAAACAUUGUUGAAAGAAGGAUUGAUUUGGCGAAUUGGCAAUGGCACAAUGGUGAACAUUUGGAGUGA